AUGGAUAAUAUGAAAUACAAGACCCUAGCGGUUGACAUCAUGCGGGACUUGCUCUUCGAUCGCCAACGAACGUUUCAAAUCAACAGUCCCCAUGGCGCGAGUGUUUGCACCUCGAUCCUGACACCCAACCUGAAUACGAACGAGCCCGUCAAGAAUGCCAAGCCCAUUGAGCUUGCUGAGCGCCUGAUGAGUAUGGGGAUGCAGCCCAACGUCUUCGGAUACAAUGCUCUCAUUGCCUUGAUGUGGAGAAGUGGCGAACUCAGCACGGCGUGGGAGAUUCAUGACCAAAUGGCACAGCUGGUUGAGGUCAAGGACGCCAAAACUUAUACGAAUUUGAUGCUCGGGUCUCUCAAGGCAGGCGAUAUGGCGUCUCUGAACCGGGCAUUCUCGUUGGUUGGUAUCAACCGCACGACCAGAUUUCGGCUCAUGCUCGAGGCCUACUCUCGUAUUUUUGACCUCGAUCCCCUCAAGCACAUCGUAGAAACCCCGGGCAAGGAUAUUAUGGAUCCGUCAAAGAGUCCAAUGACCAACAAUCUAUCUGGACCAAUUAUGAAGACGGAGCUGGACUUGGAGCGGAUGACUGAAAGGAUACCAAGCCCAUACGGACCUGACGGACUCAUGAAGCCCACGUUGUACGCGCUGAGGCUAAUGACGUGCUCAUAUGUCAGGGGGUUGCCCGCUGCCUUCGACGUCAUGGAGUUCUAUAUGCGUUUUGACAAACUGCUCAAGGACGGCGACUUGCUUGCCACGGAACUCCUCACGCACAAUGAUGGUCAGACGGGUAUCAAACACCAUAAUCCCGGUGUCCAUAACUCCAUCAUCAAGGCCUUGUGCUCAUUCGACAUGUAUCGGCCCCUCGCUUACGAUGUUCUGAGGGAUAUGCUGCAUGCCAACGACAUCACUGCUUCAGCACAGCAGAAUGUUUUGCCGACUGCUGGGAAUCAUGAAAACGGCGACGAGCCUCAUCAGUACGAGCGGCCAGGAAGUCUCUUGCCGCGCCCAAAUGCGGUGACUUUUAACAUCGUUAUUGGUGCGCUCAUGUUGGACGGGCAAGUUCGAGAAGCGGAGGCCACGCUGCAGAUGAUGCGCGACCAAGGCAAUCCUCCAGAUAUUGUCACGUGGAACACACUUGUUCGGGGCUAUGCGCAGCUGCAGGACGUUGAUGGAACGGUCAGGUCCCUACAGCGGAUGGAGCAGGAAGGGUUUCAAAGCGACGACCAUACUAUAUUUGCCUUCAACUAUUUGAGUCCUGCCAACCGGGAUCUGGCGAUGGCAAAGAUGGAGAAGAGUUGGACAGGGUAG